CGACACGAUAGUCUUGCUGUAUCGCCCCCCCCCCCUGCACAAAGACACCAUUAAGUGCACCCCUCACAAAAUGGCGCCCGCCCAGAAGAGGAAACCGGUCGACGAGGACUUCGUUUUUACCAUUUCCGACCACGAAGGCGAACUAUCCGAAGAAGAAACCCCCGCUGCCCCGCCGCCCAAGAAGAAGGCCAAAACCUCCACGAAAGCCAAGGGUGCGAAAGGGAAACGAAACAAGAACGACGCUGUCGAGGAAGAGGCACCCCCCGAGAGUAUAUGGGGUGAGAAGGACGAGGACGACGGGGCCAUGGCCUCGGGUUUCGAGUUCAUUGAGGAUGGAGCCCACGAGCUACGCGAAGAAGAGUUUGCGGGCUGGGGUUUCGAUGGGGCCAAGAAGGGCAUGAACGCGGAUAAGAAGGGCGUAGACCUGGAUGAGAUCAUUCGGAGGAGGAGAGAGAAGAGGCAGGAAGGCGAUGGGACCGAGAAUGCCACCAAGGAAUCGGCAAAGACGGAAGAAAGCGAAGUCGAGAACGACAUGGACGUCGACCUCGACGAUGCCGAAGAUGGGGUGCUCGCAGACGAUGCUUUCGGCAUGGGCGUCGACUCGGACGCAGAAGAGUCGGGGGGAGAAGAAGAUGACGGUUCGGCGGACGAAGACGAAGACGAAGACGAAGAUGCUGCGUCGGACGACGAUUCAGUCGCCACGCCCGUGCAACACCCCGAUGACAUGGCGUCAGGCGACAGCGACGAGGAAGAAGACCCCGAGGAAAAAGCGAAACGAGACGCUUUCUUCGCGCCCGAGGAGCCUGCCAAAGCAGGAAAGAAGAACGAGAAAUCGUCCUUCCAGACCAUGUCGCUCUCACGACCCAUCCUCAGGGGUCUGACCAGCGUCGGCUUCUCCAAACCCACCCCGAUCCAAGCCAAGACGAUCCCCGUCGCGCUGAUGGGCAAGGACGUCGUGGGCGGCGCCGUGACGGGUUCCGGCAAGACGGCGGCCUUUGUGGUCCCCAUCCUCGAGCGGCUGCUAUACAGGCCGAAGAAGGUGCCGACGAGCCGCGUCGUCGUCCUGACGCCGACGCGCGAGCUGGCGAUCCAGUGCCACUCCGUCGCCACCAAGCUGGCGGCCUACACGGACAUCAAGUUCACGCUCGCGGUCGGCGGCCUGAGCCUCAAGGUGCAGGAGGCGGAGCUGCGGCUGCGGCCGGACGUGAUCAUCGCCACGCCCGGCCGGUUCAUCGACCACAUGCGCAACUCGGCCAGCUUCGCGGUCGACGCGGUGGAGAUCCUGGUGCUCGACGAGGCGGACCGCAUGCUGGAGGACGGGUUCGCGGACGAGCUGAACGAGAUCCUGACCACGCUGCCCAAGUCGCGCCAGACGAUGCUCUUCUCGGCCACCAUGACGUCCUCGGUCGACCGGCUCAUCCGCCUGGGCAUGAGGACGCCGGCGCGCAUCAUGGUGGACUCGGGGAAGAAGACGGUGGUGACGCUGACGCAGGAGUUUGUGCGGCUGCGGCCCGGGAGGGAGGACAAGCGGAUGGGCUACCUGCUCUUCAUCUGCAAGACGCUGCACACGGAGCGCGUUAUUAUUUUUUUCCGGCAAAAGAAGGAGGCCCAUCGCGCGCGCAUCAUCUUUGGGUUGCUGGGGAUGUCCUGCGCAGAGCUUCACGGAAGCAUGAACCAAACUCAGAGAAUAUCCAGCGUGGAACAAUUCCGAGACGGCAAGGUCUCCUACCUCCUAGCCACCGAUCUCGCUUCCCGUGGUCUCGACAUCAAGGGCGUCGACACGGUCAUCAACUACGAGGCGCCGCAAAACCACGAAAUCUACGUCCACCGAGUCGGCCGCACAGCCCGUGCAGGACGCAGCGGCACGGCCGUGACGCUCGCGGCGGAACCCGACCGCAAAGUGGUCAAGGCGGCGGUCAAGGCGGGCAAGGCGCAAGGCGCGAAGAUCAUGAGCCGGAUCGUCGACCCGGGCGAGGCGGACGCGUGGCAGGAGAAAGUGGACGAGAUGGAGGACGAGAUUGAGGAGAUCAUGCUGGAGGAGAAGGAGGAGCGGCAGCUCGCGCAGGCGGAGAUGCAGGUGCGCAAGGGCGAGAACCUGAUCGAGCACGAGGACGAGAUCAAGGCGCGGCCGCGGCGGACGUGGUUCGAGACGGAGAAGGAUAAGCAGAAGGCCAAGUUGGCGGGGCGGGAGGAGCUCAACGGGGACAAGGAGAAGAUCAAGAUGAAGAAGGGGAAGCUGAGCAACAAGGAUAAGAAGAAGCUGGACGCGAAGACGCAGCGGAGCGAGGGCCCGACGUGGAAGAAGGGCCGGGCGGAGCGGGACGGCAAGGGGGCGGUGUUGGAGCUGAACAAGAUGAAGAAGCCCAAGGCUCCUAAGAAGGUCAUUGCUGGUGGCAAUGGGAGGGCGAGGGCAAGGGCCAAGUUCAAGGCGCGGAGGACGUGAGUAUGAUGCUUGAUGCCAUGUUGUUGUAGCGGUAGCGGUAUAGCAAUGUAGGUUCAAUGCAGGGCCUUGGACGAACCAACAGAAUAACAGAAGUACAGGGCUGCUUUCUCCAGAUGUGGUCGCUUUCCUGUUAUUAUUCUGAAUUAGGGUGAGGGUUGGCUCCUCGGUGAGAGAUUCCAGACAUAAUUACAUUACUACAGUGAUGCCCCGAGGUGAUCCUACGAGCCAACCGGAGAAAUCCACAACGCUGGAC